GACACCACAGAUAUCUGCUCAACAUCAAGAAACCGCUUCACAGCACCAGCACCAGCAACACCAGCACAAUUCCCUUCUCCUCUCCCUUCCACCACGACCACAGCAACAGCAACAAUGCUGUCAACGCUGAACAAGCUGCGCGUCUUAUUGAGCCUGGUGCUCAUCGCCAUCUUCGUCGCGAGCUCAGAUGAGCUACGCAUCGCAAUCGGCACCCUCUUCUCUUGGGCCCUAGGCCAUGUCCUCAUACAUCGUCUCGCGCUGUCGAUUAGGUACCGACAAGCCCUCAACACCUACAUCCUGGUGUCGUUUUGCCUGCUGGCAGGCCUAAACGACCCUUUCUACCAAAACACCUUCGGUCGCCUCCUGGACCUCUUCUUCGAGCGAGACCGCUGCGAUCCAGACGUGCCUGGGUCGGGCUUCACCGACUGGCACGAGACGUUCCGCCGCCGCAAGGCUUACGAGAUUGAUCUCGUAUGGCAAUUCCUCCGCGCUGUCUUUUUUUGGACGUUCGUGGCGAUCUCCCUCCCGAUCAUCAUUCCGCUCGCCCACUGGCUUUAUGCCAACAUCAACAAGGAAACGGAGCUGGAGAGGGCUUUUGCCUACAUUGAGAAGCAUGGCGAGCGGCCGCCGUGGUCGUACAAGCAACCGGAGGCCACAGUGGUGUCCAAGAGGGACACGAGAUACAAUCUCAUGAGCAGCGAGCUGAUCUUCGUCUGUGGUCCUGGUGGAGGGUAUGAGACGGUGAUCGAUGGCGACAUCGAGGGUGCAAUCUCGCGCCGGCGUGCGCUGAAACCGAGAUUCUCAUGAGCGCUGGUCGCCAUGCUGGUGGGAUUGUGGUGUCGGCAGCGAGCUGCCUUAGCGCUGGUCGCUGGAGUAGCUCGAUCGUUCGGGUGUUCGUUCAGUAAAACUCAGGG